AUGAAACGAGACCGCUUUCAGGCCGAAUUACAUGAUUUCAGCAAUGCCGACGGAAAGAAUAAUGAAUUUCAAAAGAUCAAGAAAACAACAAACGAAACAAACAGUUGUGGAGGCCGUACUUGUGUUUCAAUUAUUUUAAUAAAUCUUAGAGAUGAUGAUAGUAAUUGUGCUCGUUGGUUGAGAAGAAAAUUUCAACUGCAACAACUCGGAAAGAUCAAAUGGUUGGAAAACAGAGAAAAACAAUUGAAUAUUUAUACAGAGUGUAUUUCCUUUUUUCCUAUUGAAUUCAUGAAUGAUAAAUCCUUUGUAUUAGAUUAUCUCAACAAGUACAAGGAUGGACUACAGUACGCCUCUGAUGCUUUAAAAGAAGACAAAUCAUUUGUGUUACAAGCUCUUCAAUACUGCCACUCACUAAGUUUUGGGAGACAUAUAUUUGAUGACGACUUUAUAAGAGAGGCAGUUCAAUAUUCAAUAAGACCUCUAACAUUUGCAUCACGUGAAUUGAAAUCAGACAGAGAUUUUAUGGUGUCAAUUGUAAAACAAAAUGGGCUAGCACUGGAAUACGCUCAUUCUACGUUAUUGAACGACAGAGAGCUAGUUAUAGAGGCAGUGAAAUCGUGUGGGGAGGCGCUUUGUCAUGCCCCUGACGACUUGAAAAAGGAUAGAGAGCUUGUAAUUGAAGCUAUCAAGCAAGAUGGUUCUGCAUUGAGAUAUGCGUCAAACGAGUUAAAAAAGGACAGAGACUUUCUACUACAAGCUGUGAAACUAAAUGGUAAAGCGCUGUUGGAUGCGGGAUAUUAUUACUUGUAUAACGACAAAGAACUUGUGAUGGAAGCCAUGAACACUUUUCCAAAUAUUAUCCGGGAGGUAACAAAAGGUGGCACAGUAAUGAACGAUCUAGAAUUUCUGAUGAAAGCAGCAACAUAUGAUGCAUCUGUGUUACGUUUGUUACCGAAUGAAAUGAAAGGAGACCGCGAGUUUGUGCUGUCUCUCGUGAAAAAGCAAGGAUGCGUGCUGCAGUAUGCGAGUGAAGAACUGACGAAAGACAGAGAGAUUGUCUUUGAAGCCGUUAAACAAGAUGGUGAUGCGCUUGAAUAUGCAUGUAAUGAGUUUAGAAAUGACAAGGAAAUUGUCAUGGAAGCAGUCAGUAAAUGUGGCCAUGCAAUUCAUUAUGUCUCACACGAAUUGAAAAAUGAUAGAGAAAUAUUAUUAACCGCUAUUCAUCAAGAUGGUAGAGCUUUACAAUUUGCACCUCCUGAGAUGAAGAUUGACAAGGAACUUUUGCUUCCAAUAGUGAAGAAAUAUCCCUAUGCCAUACGAUUUGUACCACAUGAGGCAAAGUGUUAUAGGGAGCUUGCUUUAGAAGCAUUGAGCCAAAAUGGAGCAGCACUGUAUCUUAUUGAAAGCGAUUUGCUUUCACAGGAUAAAGAAUUGCUGUUGGAAGCGUUCAAACGAAACCAUGAAGCACUUAAUCAUUGCAUGGACAUGAACGACGAUAAAGAAUUUAUGUUGGAGGCAGUUAAAAUACAUCCUGUGGCCUUAGCAUAUGCAGACGACGAUUUAACUCAAGACACUGAAUUUAUGUUAGAAUGUACAGAACAAAACGGGUUUGCCUUGUAUUUUGCUCCUGAAGAAAUGCAACUAGAUGCAGAACUUGUGGAGAAGGUAGUGAAACAAAAUGGUUAUGCUCGAAAGUAUUGCAACGCGCUUUACCAAUUGCGAAUUGAAUCAUGUUACUUUGGGUGCUACAUUCCUAAUAGAUAA